GCCCUCUGUUGGAUUCUAUAAUACGAAGAUGGCGACCACCACUGACUCUGGAAAGCUUGAUAAAGAAACCGUAGUAGAAGAUGAAGAAGCUCUUGAGAAACAACAUUUUUUACGUAUAAUACAUGCGUACAGAAAUUACAGAGCUUAUGCAUUGGAUCGAGUACAGAGAAGUGAAAAGUCAUUUAACAAACUGUCAGACCGUCACAAGAAGCUUUUGCCUGCCCAGUUAGGACACUUCAACAAGAUUCGCAUAGCUAUUGACACCAAUUAUGAAUUAAUACUUCGUAUUCUUAAUAGCACAGAUCAUAUGUUUGUUAACAAGGACAUGGAGAAUACUAAGGACCCUAGGAACACAGGAAAAACAAUUUCAUCAUAUCACAUGGAGAAGAUUUAUACAACCCUGAAACAAUUUUCACGAGAUUGGAGCUCAGAAGGCCAGCAAGAAAGAGAUCUUUGUUAUAAACCAAUUAUAGAAGAAGUUCUAUCAAGAUUACCCAUUGAUAAGAGGCAUAAAAAAAGAGGAGAGCCAAAAAAGGUGUUGGUACCAGGAGCUGGUCUUGGAAGGUUGGCGUUUGAAAUUGCUAAGCUAGGGUAUAUGUGUCAAGGAAACGAAUUCAGCAUGAUAAUGUUAAUCGCAGCGAACUUCAUUCUCAAUAGAUCAGGAGGGAUAAAUUCAUAUACUCUGUACCCCUGGGUACACCAAUAUACAAACAAUAAAGGCUCUGAAGACCAGGUCAAAGCCAUAAAGAUCCCUGACAUAUGUACGCAGAGUCUCCCGCAAGAUGCGAACUUCUCAAUGGCUGCGGGAGACUUCCUGGAGGUGUAUACAGAAAAAGAUUACUGGAACUGUAUAGCCACGUGUUAUUUUAUAGAUACAGCUCACAACAUACUAGAUUAUCUUGACAAGAUCUAUGAGAUCUUAAAACCUGGUGGCUACUGGAUAAACCUUGGUCCAUUGUUGUACCACUUCUCAGAUAUUCCUGGAGAGAAUUCCAUUGAAGUUAGCUACGUAGAAUUGAGAAGAGCGAUAACAGAAAUUGGAUUUGUCAUUUUAGAUGAACACACAGAUGCUGAAAGCACUUACACCCAAAAUCCACGCUCAAUGUUACAAUACAAAUACCACUGUGUGUUCUUCACUUGCCAGAAGCCAAGACACAGCAGCAACACAAAAUGUAGUUGAUUAUGUAAUAUUAAUACAGAACAAUAAAGUAAUAAUGUGGGUGGGUGAGGUGGUUAAAUGAGUUACAUUGUUAAAUAAGUUGUUUUCUCGUGAGGUUGUCAAAUGAACUUACUGUUUCAUGUGCGGUGGUUAAAUCAGGGGUCAGUGUUCUCCCAUUUGAAACAUUUUUACUGGUAAAUUUGUCCAUAUAAAGGCAGCUAAGGGUGCGCAACAUGAGGUAUUGCCUCUUUAAAGUGGAGUUCAAUGACUGGAAUGAUGUUCAUUUAUUGAAAGAAGGGCAGCCUGUGCUACCUAGUCCUAAUAAGUACUUUUUUAUUCUACCAACACACAAUUUUUACUGGUUGGUCAGUUAUUUUUACUGGUAAAAUUGACAGCUAAAAUGACUUCGGGAGAACACUGCGUCCCAAGUCUCCCAGAAAAUAACCACUGCUUUAUUAUGAAUUGCCAAUGGGUAUCACUACUGUAUGUGCAGCAAAAUAAAAUUAAAUGUGUUAAGAAAGCUAAAAGGGGGGAAAUUCUCUCAGAGUGCCAUUUCCAGCCAUCUAGGUGUCAUAGUCAUAAAAUUUCUUACCUCAACACCCGCCCUGCCCACCCGCCCCUCCCUCCCUUCCUACAGUCUCUAAAUUGUAAACUGAACUACUGUUUCCCUGUUGGUUUGACUAGUAAAAUUUCAUUAUAUUUUAUUACAUAUAUAUUUGUGAAAUGUAAAGUUUAGAAUGAUCAAAGACAAUUAAAGGGACAAAUGAUCAAUGCAA